ACUUCCGGUCCUGCGCGGUGUCACCUCCUCUGUCGUCCGGCUCGCUUCGGCGGGGAUGCUGCAAGAAACGAUGGAGUUGAAGCCCCCCAAAAACACUCGAGCGUCGGCCGGAUUAUGAGACACAAAAGGCGGACGCCGAGCGGAAUAGGAAGUGAUAAUAAGAAAUAUUAGUAUUACAAAACUUUUUGAAGAUGAAGCUACUCAAGCCGAGUUGGGUGAGCCACAACGGCAAACCAAUUUUUUCUGUUGACAUUCACCCGGAUGGAACCAAAUUUGCAACCGGCGGGCAAGGGGAGGAUUCAGGGAAGGUAAUGAUCUGGAACAUGGCGCCUGUCCUCCGUGAGGAAGAUGAGAAGAAUGACAACGUCCCCAAAAUGCUUUGCCAGAUGGACAAUCAUCUAGCAUGUGUGAAUUGUGUGCGCUGGUCCAACAACGGGCUGUACCUGGCAUCCGGAGGGGACGACAAGCUGGUGAUGGUGUGGAAACGAGCCGCGUUUAUUGGUCCAAGCACAGUAUUUGGGUCGAGCAGCAAACUGGCCAACGUGGAGCAGUGGAGAUGUGUCACUAUACUGAGAAACCACACUGGAGAUGUGAUGGACGUGGCGUGGUCCCCUCACGAUGUAUGGCUGGCGUCGUGCAGUGUAGACAACACUAUCGUCAUCUGGAACGCGCGCAAAUUCCCCGAGAUGGUGAUGUGCCUGCGGGGCCACACAGGCCUGGUCAAGGGCCUGACGUGGGACCCAGUGGGGAAGUACAUCGCCUCGCAGGCCGAUGACCACAGCCUGAAGGUGUGGAGGACUGUGGACUGGCAGAUGGAGGCCAAUAUCACCAAGCCUUUCAGCGAGUGUGGCGGUACCACACACGUCCUGCGUCUUUCGUGGUCCCCCGAUGGCCAGUACUUGGUGUCGGCGCACGCCAUGAACAACUCGGGACCCACGGCGCAAAUUGUGGAGCGGGACGGCUGGAAGACCAACAUGGACUUUGUGGGCCACAGGAAAGCCGUCACAGUGGUGAAAUUCAACCCAAAGAUCUUCAAGAAGAAGCAGAAGAACGGCAGCUCCCCAAAGCCCAGUUGUCCGUACUGCUGCUGCGCAGUGGGCAGCAAAGACCGCUCACUCUCCGUCUGGCUGACCUCCCUUAAGCGCCCCCUGGUGGUCAUCCACGAUCUGUUUGACAAAUCCAUCAUGGACAUUUCCUGGACUCUGACAGGUUUGGGUAUGCUGGUGUGUUCGAUGGAUGGCACCGUGGCCUACCUGGACUUCUCCCUGGACGAACUAGGAGACCCGCUCAGCGAGGAGGAGAAGAACACCAUCCACCAAAACAUCUACGGCAAGAGCCUGGCCAUCACCAGCACGCAGGAGCCCCAGCUGGCCACCACCAUCAUCGAGAACCCGGAGAUGCUCAAGUACCAGCAGGAGAGGCAGAGCUCGGCCCAGAACAACUGCAGAGUUGCCGGUGCAGACUCCACGGCACCCAAGCUUAACAGCGUGAUGAACGGGGAGUCUCUGGAGGACAUUAGGAAGAACCUGCUGAAGAAGCAGGUUGAGACCCGAACCGCUGACGGGAGAAGACGGAUCACGCCGCUGUGCAUCGCUCAGUUAGACACUGGGGACUUCUCCCCGGCGCUCUUCAACAGCGUUCCCAUCCUGCCGUCGUCCUUGUCCAACCAGCUACCGCCUCAGCUCAGCACCGACUCCAGCUCGGGGCAGGUGGCGGCGGCCCCCUCACUGGGGGGGCUGCGGCCCAACCUCGACCCCACGCUCGCACGCCGCCGCCCUGCCAACGCAGCCCCCAAGGGCCUGGAGGACACCAAGGACCAAGUUCUCUCGUCCAGUGUCAAGUCCGGUCUGCUGUUGACGUCCGCUUCCAAGAUCGAGCCCAUGAAAGCCUUGGAUUCCAGGUUCACUGAGAGGUCCAAGACCACGCCGGGCGUCCCCGCCGCCAUUUCCUCCACCGCUGGCCUGCUGCCGCUCGACAGGCCCAAAGAUGUGGUGACAUCCGUCCUGAAAGAUGUGAAGGCCAAAGAGGACACGAGCAGUGACAGCGAGGACAAGAUGGCCACCAUCAACAAGAACCUGGCCCUGUGCAAGCGCAAACCCGAGCCCCUGAUGAUGGACGGCGCCGAGGUGGUGGAGAAGCGCAAGAAGGGGCGGCCCCGCAAGGACAAGAUGGCGCCGCCCAUCAUGAGCCAAUCCUUCACGCAGAUAAUUUCUCCCCCUGAGCGUGAGUCCAUCAGGCCGGCGGCAGCGGCGGCAGCGGUGGUGGUGACGGUGCCCGCUCCCGCACCGGCAGCCGUUCUCAAGCUGCCGACGCCCAGCUUGCAGAAGGCCUUCAGCAUGCAGGUGAGCAUGGAGCCGGCCGUCUUCUUGGAGGUGGAGAACGAGGUGACGUCCGCGGCUGGUUCCAGGCUCAGUCAGCUGCGAUGCUCCAGAGACGGGCGCGAAUGGAACACGCUGCUGCCCAGCUCCGUAGUCGCCGCUGCAGGGAGCAGCGAUGUCCUGGUCGUGGCGUGCCAGGACAGGAUGUUGUCGAUGUUCUCGUCCUGCGGCCGCCGCCUCCUGCCGUCCAUCCAGUUGGCCUCGCCCGUGUCGGCCCUCAACUGCUCGGCCCACUUUGUCAUGGCGCUGACCGCCGGGGCCACGCUGUCUGUGUGGGACGUCCACAAGCAGAAGGCUCUGGUCAAAAACGAGUCCCUUACCACCAUUUUGUCUGGUUCAGAGGUGCACGUGUCUCAAUCUCUGCUGACUCAGCAGGGCGUCCCCGUCAUCGGCCUGUCCAACGGCAAGUCCUUCUGCUUCAGCUCAUCUCUGGAGACAUGGACGCUGAUCGCAGAUCGAGGAGAUUGUUUGGUCCAAUGGGCUGACUUCAGGAGCUGCCUCCCUACCCAGGAUGCAUCUGGUUCCUCUGGGCCUCUGGCCACCUUGCAGGGACGCAACCUCAACGCCGGCCGCAUGGCGUCCCGUCUCUCGGCCGCCCCGCACCACUUGCAGCAGAGCAUGACUUUGGCCUUCCUCGAGAACCAGCUGGCGGCAGCUCUCACGCUGCAGUCAGCGCCUGAAUAUCGCUACUGGCUGCUCAUCUACACACGCUUCCUCGUCAACGAAGGCUCUGAGUUUCGGCUGCGAGAACUUUGUAAGGAGCUUCUGGGUCCUGUUCACAAAUCGGCUGCUACAGCAUGGGAGGCCACCACACUGGGUUUGCUCAAGCGGGAGUUGUUACGGGAAGUUCUGCCGGUCAUCGGAGAAAACCUGCGAUUCCAAAGACUGUUCACAGAGUAUCAGGACCAGCUGGAGCAGCUGCGCAACAAAUAGCACGCGCACACACGCGUUUUGCGUUUGGCUCAGUUCUCAUCUUGGACUUCCUACACGGAGCGAGGCCCGCAGGCGUUGGCGCCAUGCAAACAGGAGCCGUUGAGCUUGUUGUCUAAUCAGCGCUUCACUGGAACCUUCCUCUAGAACCUUCGUCCUCGUCUAUGCACCAAUCAUGAACGUGAACGCAACAUGCUUGAACCAAAGCGAUGCCUUCAAGUGUACAAAAAAGAAGUCCAAUCACAAGCUGUCACAACCGCAAGCAGAAGUCUUUCAGAAAUUCUUUUUUGUUUCGUUUUCUGUCAACAAAUCAACUGAGCAGAACCUUUUUAAAAGUUGUCAGUCGUAGUUCACACCCACCAACAGAGUCACACCUUACAACACCCUCCCGAAGAACUAGUCCAUACCUAGUGUGAACUCAUCCCUUCCAGGUGCGAGCAUGUCUAUACCAGGUGUCACUGCGUCCAUAACCGUUGUAAUCUUGUCCCUCCUAGGUAUGAGUCACAACAUACCGGGUUUGAGCGUAUCUAAACAAGUUGGUUAUGCAUCUUGAAACAGUGGGAAUUAUUUCAUACCAGAUGGAAAGGGAACGUACCAGGUGUGAUCAUGUCCAUACCUGGUGUAAACGUGUCCGUACCAGAUGUGAACAAUUCCGUAGCAGGUGUAAAUAUGUUCGUAAGCGAUGUGAAUGAUUUCAUACCAGAUGUAAAUGAUAGGUACCAAAUGCCAACAUGUCCAUACCAGGUGUGACUGCGUCUGUAAACCGGUAUGAUCUUGUCACUACAACGUAUGAAAUAUUUUAUACCAGGAGUGAAGGUGCCUGUACCAAGUGGCGCCAUGUCCAUACAAGGUACGAUUGCGUCCACAACUGAUGUGGCUGGUUUAAUACCAGCUGCAACUGAUUUCAUACCAGAUGUAAACGGUAUGUACCAGGUGUGAACGUCUCCAUACUAGGUAGAGAUGCACCCAUAACCCGUGUGAGUGAUUUCGUUAAGCUUAUGAACGAUUUUAUACAGAUGUGAACGUGUGUAUAAUCAGUGUGAAUGAUUUCUUACUGGGUGAUUCCGUAAAACUUGUGAAUUAUUUGAUAGCGGGAACAAAGGUGUCCAUAACCGGUGGCCUGUUAUCCAUACCGAGUACGAAUCGUUUAGUACCUGGUGUGAACAUGUCUGUAGUAGAUAAAAGGUUGGCCGCACCAGGUGUGAAUGAUUUCAUAUCUGAUGUGAAUAUGUCUGUACCAGAUGGGAAAGAUUCUGCAAGCGGUAAACGAUUUCCUGCCACAUAAGAAUGGGCCCUGAAUUCUUUCUCAUGGGUGCGAAUGAUUCCGUUAAGCUUCGGCAUGAAGGUCUUUGUAACUUGUCAGUACCAAGUGCGACUGAUUUCGGACCUGGUUUAAGCAUGUCCGUACCAGAUGUAAAGCGUCCAUACUAGGUCUGAAUGAUUCCAUACCAGGUGCAAAGGAUGUCAUAUCUACUGUGAACAUGUCCGUAAAAGAUGUAAAGGGCCCGUACCAGGUGGGAAUUAUUCUGUAAGCAGUGCGCAUGAUUUAUUACCAGGUGUGAAACCUGUCCAUAACUGGUGUAAAUGCAUCUGUAACUGGUGAGAACUUGCCCAAACCAGGUACGAACGAUUUCAUAUCUGGUGUGAAUAUGUCCGUACCAGAUGUAAAGGGUCUGUACCAGGUGGGAAUGAUCCGGUAAGCGGUGCAAAUGAUUUCUUACCAGGUGUGAGCCUGUCCAUACCCAAUGUAGAUGCAUCGAACUCGUGUGAACUUGUCCAAACCAGGGACAGUUCCACACCUGGUGUGAAGAAUUUGAUACCUGAUAAUUAGAAUAAUUCCAUACCAAAUGUCAAGGAGUCCGGAUCACGUGUGAAUGCGUCGCCAACGAGGGGGAUUUCGUCCUUACAUGGUGUGAGCUUUUCCAUGCCACAUGUGAGAGAUUCCACUCCUUAUUGAUAAGAUGUUAAGUGGUCCAUACCAGGUAUGAAAGUCUUCAUACUUCAUACCUUACCAGGUAUGAGCUAUUGAAUAUAGGGGGUGAAGGUGUUUGUGCCAGGUGUGAACGAUUUCACGUCGGGUGUUAAGGUGGUCUGACUUCCGUCUGAAGACGAGGUCAGAUGAAAUCAUUACACAGCCUAAAGCAGUAUGAAUCAUCAUGCUUUUAUUCUGAAGUUCCAGUCAACUCUGGCCAGCGUGUGUAUGGCAUUAAAUCAUAGUUGAAUGAAACAAACUGCCACUGACUGGUGACCAGUCCAAGGUGUACCCCGCCUCUCUCCUAAAGUCUCACCUGCCACCCUAAUGAGGACACGAGCGUGUGUGACAAGCUCGAGAAAAUGGACAAAUAAAAAAACAAAUGACACGGCCUCCUGUUUUAGAGGAGGCAAGCCAUACUGCACUUGUCUCUGUUUUUGUGUCAACCAUGAAUUGACUGCUUUUGAUGGGUCAGUUAAAGCAUGAUCAGCGACGACACCUGCUGGUCUUUUGUAAACAACAUCAACAGAAGCAGCUUAACAUGACUUCAUUUGUUGUCUUGUUUUGUGUGUCUGUCUGUCUGUCUUGUGCAGGCUGUAAGCAUCGCACCAGCUUGCUUGUUGUGUAGUUUAUGUAUGUGUGUUUCUGUUGUUUUGUUUUUCUUGUUGGUGGAGCGGGAGUCCUUUUUAAUGUUUGUACAUUUUUUUGUUUUGUAUCUGGAACAAGCAAAGAGAAGUAAAAUGUUGCUUCAAAUAGAAAAAAGAUUAAACGUGGUUUUUGCUACA